GACUUGCUUAGGCUUGUGUAGUUCUUAUUUUGAACACUGAGUGGCGCUAUCAGACUGGUUAAUACUCCUCAGAUGCACGACCUCUGUGUUUAAAUAGUCAAUUUCAUAUUGAGUCUGAGUAAUGCUAGCUCAGACGCUUAUUUGGGAGGCUCACGAAUAGAUUUCUUUAAUUUGAGUGAAAGCGGUUAUCUUCCCUGAACCUUGCAAAUAAUACAUAUCAAGGCAUUAGUGUAAUUAUUUUACACGCAUCACAGACACAACAAGGCCAAGUGAAAAGGCUGUAAUGAUUUCAGCUCUAAUGAGCUGACGCGUGUACUGUAGGAAUCAUUUCAGAUUGCAUGUGUGGACAGAAAUAUGCAUGUGUGCCUCUUCAUAUGUGGAACACUUAUCAUAUUGACUAGUUUUCAAUCUAUGGGGCUGAACCCGAAAGUGCUGGAAUUCUUGGAGUGCAAACCAGGAUGAGGAGGAGUGGAUCCACCCCGGGACAUUAUGCAGGAUGUACACACAAGUGAAGGUCCACCCGGCUCUGCAGCAGCAGGUCCAAGCACCAGUAAAGUGAAGUGUGUAGUGACCAGGGCGUUGGUGGUGAUAGAGUAAAACUAACGGCAGAGAGAAAGGGGAGAAGGAGGGAGAGAGAGAGAGAGAGAGAGAGGUAGCUGAUACUUGGUAACGCAUCACAGCAGGAGAGGCAACCGGCUCUAAAGGCGCUCAGCCAGCGACGGACACGGACGAGGAAGGUGCAGGUGAUGUCGUGGAGUGUGGGUUCCGGCGGCAGGAUGACAUUGGCCAGGCUCCUCCUUCCCUUCCUCAUUCUCCCCUCUUUCUGUGAAGGUGGUUCUAACCAGCCGCCACAAUUCACCAACUACUUCUUCCAGACGUACCUUCUCAUCUAUGAAGACAUGCCCAUCGGUACGUCAGUUACUCAACUAAAGGCUGUAGACCCUGAAAACGAGCCUCUUGUAUACGGGAUCUUUGGAGAAGAGGCCCAGAAGUAUUUUUCUGUCAACAGGGACACUGGCGUCGUGUGGCUUCGCCAACAGCUUGACCGCGAGACCAAGUCAGAGAUGCAGGUUGAAUUCUUUGUGAGUGACAAUCAAGAGGUGGUCAAGGACACGGUAAACAUCCAGAUUGGGGACGUGAAUGAUAAUGCGCCAACCUUCCACGGACAGCCGUACACAGUCCAAAUCCCAGAGGACACUCCGGUGGGGCGCUCGGUGUUUAUGGUGAACGCCACGGAUCCGGACCAGGGCACCGGAGGCAGCGUUCUCUUCUCCUUCCAGCCGGCGUCCCCCUUCUUCACCAUCGACGGGGCCCGAGGCACCGUCACCGUCGUCAGGGCACUGGACUACGAGACGACCGCAGCGUACCAGCUGACCGUCAACGCCACGGAUCAGGACAAAGUGAGGCCUUUGUCCCGACUUGCCAACUUGGCCAUCACCAUCACCGAUGUUCAGGACAUGGACCCCAUUUUCACCAAUCUUCCGUACAGCACCAACAUAGAGGAGGAUGUACCUCUGGGAUACCAAGUGCGGAAGAUAACAGCCAUUGACCAGGAUCUCGGCAAACCACGAGGCAUCGGCUAUACCAUCAUCUCAGGGAACACCAACAGUGUUUUUGCCCUGGACUACAUCAGCGGGUCCCUGACAGUGAACGGCCAGCUGGACAGAGAAAACCCACUCUACUCAGCAGGAUUCACUCUCACUGUCAAGGCUACAGAGUUGAAGGAUGAUCGCAGUCCAUCAGAGGCAACGGUGAUGACCACUUUCACCAUUUUACUAAUCGACAAGAAUGACAACGCUCCCAAGUUCAACAGCUCCGAGUAUCGCGUCCGCAUAACUGAGCUGGCCCAGGUGGGCUUCGCCCUGCCGCUCUUCAUACAGGUCGAAGACAAGGAUGAGGGGGUGAACAGCAUGUUCCAGGUGUUUUUGACUGGAAACAAUUCAGAGUACUUCACCAUCUCGCCCACCGCUGUGCAGGGGCGUGCUGACAUCAGGGUCAGGGUGGCCAUGCCCCUGGACUAUGAAGAGAUACGGAGCUACAGCUUCUCACUCUUUGCCAAUGAGUCCAUGUCUGAUCAUGUGGGAUUCGCCCGUAUCUUUAUUGAGAUCAUUAAUGAGAAUGAUAACCGUCCCAUCUUCAGCAAACCCCUGUACAACAUCAGCCUUCCUGAAAACACACCCCCUGGAACAUCACUGGUGCAAAUCUUGGCCACAGACAAAGACAGCGGCACGUUCGGGGUGGUGCGCUACUACUUAAGCGAUGAGCCAGACCAGUUUCUGCUGGACGAGGAGACGGGCUGGGUGGUUCUGCGGGCCAACCUGGACUUCGAGCUGAUGCAGCGCUUCACGCUGACCGUGCUGGCGAGGGACGGCGGCGGGGAGGAGACCACGGGGCGGGUGCGCGUCAACGUGCUGGACGUCAACGACAACGCGCCGCUCUUCCAGAAGGAGGCGUACGUGGGCUCCCUGCGGGAGAACGAGCAGGCGGUCCAGUCGGUGGCGCGGGUCAGGGCUACAGAUGAUGAUGCACCGCCCAACAACAUCCUGACGUACUCCAUCACUUCAGCCUCGGCCUUCCCCGAUUACUUUAAAAUCAUGAUGGUGGAGGGCUACGCAGUGGUCACUGUGACCAACCCUCUGGACUAUGAGAAAGUUCCCAAAGGCGCCAUCUACUUGACAAUAAUGGCCAAAGACGGAGGCCGCCCGGCCCUCAACAGCUCCGUCCUGGUCACCGUGGAGGUGAUCGAUGAAAACGACAACCCGCCAGAAUUCAGCACGACGUCCUACGUCAUCAAAAUCCCAGAGAACAUUAUUGCUGGGGCGACUGUACUGCUUGUGAAUGCUACUGAUUUGGACGCCUCCCGGGAAUUUGGCCAGGCCUCACUCAUCUACUCCCUGGAGGGCUCCUCUCAGUUCCGUCUCAACUCACGCUCGGGAGAGAUCACGACCACAGCCCUGCUGGACAGAGAGCAGAAGUCUGAGUACAUCUUAAUAGUCAGAGCGGUGGAUGGAGGGGUUGGGCCACAGCAGAAAACUGGCAUUGCCACGGUGAACAUUACGAUUCUGGACAUCAAUGACAACGUCCCUUUGUGGAGGGACGAGCCAUACUAUGCCAAUGUAGUGGAGAUGAGCCCAAUGAACACCGAUGUUAUCUCUGUGUUGGCGUUGGACCCGGACAAUGCGGAAAACGGGACAGUAGUUUACAGUAUCAGCCCAGAAAACCCCUUCUAUACCAUCAACAACGUCACAGGGAAGAUCCGCACCAGUGGGGUGACCCUCGACAGGGAAAGCUCCAACCCCAGGGACGCGGUGCUCAUGAGGACCAUAGUCAUCUCAGCUGUUGACCGCGGUUCACCUCCACUGCGUGCAUCUGCGAGCGCUACGGUAUUUGUCAACCUGCUGGAUCUCAAUGACAACGACCCAACCUUCCUCAACCUGCCCUUUGUGGCCGAAGUGCUUGAAGGCCUGCCCAUCGGAUCCUCACUUUUUAGGGUCCAGGUGGAGGACCCGGAUGAAGAUAAGAAUGGCCUGAUCACAAUGGCAUUACAGGUGGGCAUGCCUCGUCUCGACUUCUACCUGAACACCAGCACUGGUGUCCUCACCUCGACAGCGGUCCUGGACCGUGAGCAGAUUGGACAGUACUAUUUGAGGAUUAUAGCCUACGAUGCAGGAAAGUUCCCUCGCACUUCCACUUCAACCCUGACUGUAUCAGUUCUGGAUGUGAAUGAUGAGACGCCCACCUUCAGUCCUCGCGUGUACAAUGUUUCUCUGCUGGAGAAUGUCCCUAGAGACCGCUCUGUAGCGCGCCUCAGCUGCUCUGACAACGACGCUGGCCUCAAUGCUGAACUUAGCUACUUCAUCACAGGUGGUAAUCAAGAUGGCAAAUUCAGCGUGGGCUUCAGAGAUGGAGUUGUUCGGACCGUGGUCGGCCUGGACCGCGAGGGCCAAGCAGCUUACGUUCUGGUUGUAGAAGCUAUAGACAACGGUCCAGCAGGCAGCCGCAGGACGGGCACGGCCACCGUGUUUGUCGAGGUGCAGGACGUUAACGACAACAGGCCCAUCUUCCUCCAAAACAGCUAUGAGACCAGCAUCGUGGAGAGCGUGCCCCAGGGAACCAGCAUUGUCCGGGUUCAAGCCACAGACGCAGACGAGGGAGAAAACGGUCGAGUUCUCUACAGAAUCCUCACGGGAAACAGCAAUGAUCAGUUCAGCAUUGACAGACAGACGGGGCUCAUAACCAGAGGCCUCAAUGCGCUUGACAGAGAAACGAGGAGCUCGCACGUGCUGGAGGUGGAGGCCUACAACAGCGACGAGAGCAGCAUGAGGAGCUCUGUGCGGGUGAUCAUAUAUGUGGAUGAUGCCAACGAUGAGGUGCCAGUGUUCACCCAGCAGCAGUACAACCGUCUGGGCCUUAGGGAGACCGCUGGCAUCGGCACGUCUGUGAUCGUGGUGCGUGCCACAGACCGUGACAUGGGUGAUGGCGGUGCUGUAGCUUAUGCCAUCGUGUCCGGCUCCGAUCGCAAGUUUGAGGUGGACAUAAGCACUGGGCUGAUAACCACCCUGGACUACCUGGACUACGAGACCAAGACCACCUACUUAAUGAACGUCUCGGCCACCGACCAAGCGCCGCCUUUCCAGCGAGGCUUCUGCACCGUCUACGUCACGCUGCUCAACGAGCUGGACGAGGUCGUGGCCUUCGUCUCCACCGGCUACGAGGCUUCGAUACGCGAGAACAUCGCCACCGGCACGGAGGUUGUCCAAGUGAAGGCCCAGUCGCCUGACAACUUGAACCAGCUGACUUAUCGCUUCGACCCUGACACAUCGCCUGCAGCUCUGGCCCUCUUCAAGAUAGACAGCGUCACGGGUCGCAUAACGGUGACCGGCCUGCUGGACAGGGAGAAGGGGGACUUGUACACUCUGACGGUUGUAGCUGAUAAUGGAGGACCUAAGAAAGACUCCACUGUGAAAACUUAAUGGCAUUCCUCUUUUGUUCAUUGCAUCUCUUGUUGGAAUUGCAGAAGGUUUCCAUCACCAUCCUGGAUGAGAACGACAACAAUCCCGAGUUUGACAUCACAUCUGAUACUUCAGUGGGAAUCCCAGAA